AAAGCGCCACCUGUCGGGCGUCGUGUGCGUCGGGGGCGUCGUGUUUAUAAAUAAAGAAAUGUCGGCAUUGUAGUAUGGCGUCGGGUGGUAAAAGUGCGAAGAAUUUGGCUGGACGGUCUCCAGGAGGCGGCGAAGAAUCCUCCGAGAGCGACGGCGAGACAGAACCGGCUAAAUCCUUCCAUCGGAGGCUGUCAACAAACCGUGAUAUUAAAUGUUCGGCAUCCAUCAAGGAGGGGUUUUUGUUAAAACAGACAUGGUCGUUUCAAAGGUGGAGGAGAAGGUACUUCAAGUUAAAAGGACGCAAAUUAUACUACGCCAAAGAUACAAAGGCUGUGAUUUUCGAUGAAAUCGAACUCACCGACCUGUGCCUAGCCGAGUGUUCAACCAAAAACGUCAAUCACAGUUUUCAGGUGAUCACCCCGUUCAGAUCCCUGGUGCUGUGCGCCGAGUCCCGCCGCGAGAUGGAGGACUGGCUCAGCGCCCUCACUGCCGCUUCCCAGCGCCGCUUCCACGAGCCCGACCAACCAGACUGCCUUUCCGGCUACCAUCAUUGGUACGCCACGUCCCAUGCCCGCCCCACCUACUGCAACGUGUGUCGGGAGGCCCUCAGCGGCGUCACCAGUCAUGGCCUCUCCUGCGAGGUCUGCAAAUGCAAAGUGCACAAGCGGUGCGCCGCCAAAGCCAUCAACAACUGCAAGUGGACGACGCUGGCCUCCGUCGGGAAAGACAUCGUCGAGGAGGCCGAUGGGAAUAUUACAAUGCCGCAUCAGUGGAUGGAAGGAAAUUUGCCAGUUUCAGCCAAAUGCGCUGUUUGUGAUAAAACCUGCGGUUCCGUACUUAGAUUACAAGAUUGGCGGUGUCUGUGGUGUCGCGCCACAGUUCACACCCAAUGCAGACCGAAUCUCCCUCCGUCGUGCCCCCUGGGGCCGGCGAGGGUGAGUGUGGUGCCCCCCACGGCCCUCCACGCCAUCCACGACGAGGCCUGGGAAGUCGUCAGACCGCAAGCCUCUUCACCGCUUCUAGUCUUCGUUAAUUCCAAAUCAGGUGAUAAUCAAGGCGUAAAGUUUCUACGACGGUUCAAACAAUUACUCAAUCCUGCACAAGUUUUCGAUCUCAUUUCUACUGGGCCCAGAUUAGGUUUAAGGCUUUUUCGACACUUUGAUCCUUUCAGGAUUCUGGUUUGCAGCGGGGACGGGUCGGUGGGGUGGGUCCUGUCGGAGAUCGACAAGCUCGACAUGCACAAACAGUGCCAGGUGGCGGUGCUGCCCUUAGGCACGGGCAACGACCUAGCCCGUGUUUUGGGUUGGGGUUCGUCCUGUGACGACGACACCCACUUGCCACAGCUGUUGGAGAAAUACGAGAAAGCCGGAACAAAAAUGCUCGAUCGUUGGUCAAUAAUGGCCUUCGAGCGUACCAUAGCCAUGCCUAAACUCUCCCUAACUCCCGGUCAACCCGAUGGUCAAUUACACACCCAAAUAACCCAAUAUGAAGACUCCCUAGUGACCCACUUGCAAAAUAUCCUCCAAUCGGACGAAACUUCCGUCAUUCUAAACUCUGCAAAACGACUAUGCGAAACUGUGAAGGAGUUUGCGACCCAACUUUCGGAAAGUUCAGUGACGCGAGGUGACGAGCAGUUGGGCAAAAAGUGUGAUAUUUUACAACAGAAGUUAGAUUUAUUAUUAGCUACAUUAACCAGCGAACAAUUAGAUGCGGCACACUUAGACGAUGCCAAAACGAAACAAGAAGACACCGACAGCGAAAUGUCUUUCGAUAAAGCCAAAUCGGAGAAAAGCGAAAAAGAUUUGAGUAAUUUUAACUUUAGGAAACAUAGACGCACUUCCAGGUUUAUGGAGCGGGAAAAGGACGCUCUGUUGUUGAGGGCCAACAGUCUCAAAAGAGCGAUACGAAAUUUGGUGGAGCAUACUGAGCAAGUGGUCGAUGAGCAAAACAGACAAACUUCAUCCAAUUUACCAACAGUCAAAAUCUCGCUAAGUACGGAUCUGGAUAAGGAAACGGCCAAAAUGGACUCGCUUAAAGUGCUACCAAUUAUUGAGUCUGGGUCUAGUUCAGAUGUUAGCUCUUGCCCAUCACCCACGAGCUCGAUUAUUACUGCCAGGCUAGCCAACAUAUCACCAAUGCCAGAUGUUAGAAGAGACUCAACAGUUGAUGAUCCGGAUUUUUUGACCACGUUACCGGUACCACCGGAUUUUGCAGACAGUCGCAGGGCCAGCCAAGUGCAACCAAGUAGUAUGGUGGACAUCGCGACGGAGAAAAUCCUUCGCGAAACUUGCUCAACACUGAUCUCCAUAGGCAACUUAAAAACCAACGAACCGGAGGUACCCCUAAGUCAUGACAAACAACGACGCGAAAGUACAAAAUACGAGGAGGAAGAGAAAGAAAGCAGUAGCAUAUUAUCAGCGAUUUCUAACGAAGAAGUCAGCAUCACAUCGGAAAUCCUGGACCAGAAAUCAUUUUGUCCGCGAAAAAACAGCGACGGAGAAGAUCUCAACGGCCACAUUUGUCACAUAGACUCUCCCGAAACCGACACUUAUCCGAAUUCGGACGCCUUGCAUGGCGAGUCUCUCAUGGACGACAUAAGCUCCAUGUUGGGCGAAGUGAUGUACGGAUAUGACCAAGACAGCAUCACCGACGACACGACACUUUUCACCAGCGAUUUGCCCGAUCUAAAACUCGAGAGAAGAAUGAGCGCGAAAAGGGACUCUUUGGACAAGAAACGAAGAAACUCCAGAAGCAAACUGGAGGAAGACACGCAAUUUGGAUUUGAAAAUCGUGCCUUUAUGUCACAACACGUGUAUCUAGAUGAUAAAAUCGAAAAUGAACCGGCGAAAUAUUGCAGUUUAGCCCAAUUUGUAGAAGGUAAUGACAUUGCGAGAAGAUCCUUCAAAAGACGUUCAACGAAAAAGUCAAAAACUGAAGCAAAUGUCACCAGACAAAGCAUCCUACUUGAAGAAAGUGAAAUAACACCAGUUGGCUCCUUCAACAAUUUGAAUAAAUUAGAAAAGGAAUUGUCAAAUGUGUCCACUUCAACUUUAAAAGCCUUGGAAUUGGAUCAAGAUGCCCCAACAAAACUCGAAAAACUGAAAUCUGAAAUGUGUAUUUUCCCACAAGUGAGUGUGAUAGUGGAGCCCCCUUCGCCCGUUCUAACAGAAGAAAUUCGAAGCGAGCGUUUGGCGAAACUAUCUGUUGAGAUUGAUUCAGGUUCUGAUUUGGAUUUGCGUAAUUUGGGUUCUAAAUCCGAGAAGUUAUCAACUGAUGUCACCACUAGUAACAACAGUUCUAGUUCAAACUUGCUUGGGAUUGACAAUGAGCAGUUUAUGACACGGUCCCCAGCUGCCACUCGCAGGAUUUCCUGCUGCAGCAUGUUGAAUCCUGCUGAAGCUGCCGCUUUGGCAGCUGCUGCUGCCACAACCAGUUUCUACACCGACGCGGAAAAGAAAAAGGAUGAACGAGAAAAGGAGAACCGCAAACUGCCAAUCAUAAAUCCCCUAGUGAGACUACCAACAUGGCCAAAUGUGAGCACGGGAAGUGGUUUCAUUAGCAAAUGUCUUCUAGCUAAUGCAGACACUCUUUGCGCUGCAGUAAGUCCUCUAAUUGACCCAGACGAAACACUUCUAGAAGGUUUCUACGAACGCUGCGUCAUGAACAACUAUUUUGGCAUCGGAAUCGAUGCCAAAAUCUCGCUCGACUUCCACCACAAACGCGAAGAACAUCCAGAAAAGUGCAGAUCGCGUGCCAAAAACUACAUGUGGUAUGGUGUCUUGGGGAGCAAAGAGUGGCUCCAGAAGACUUACAAAAAUCUAGAACAAAGGGUCCAACUCGAGUGUGAUGGUCAAAGAAUACCUCUGCCCAGUCUACAAGGUAUCGUCAUUCUCAACAUUCCAAGCUUCAUGGGCGGCAUCAACUUCUGGGGCGGCCACAAAGAAGACCACAUUUUCCUCCCACCCUCCUUCGACGACAAGAUCCUCGAAGUGGUGGCAGUUUUUGGGUCGGUCCAAAUGGCAGCUUCGCGUCUCAUCAACUUGCAACACCACCGAAUCGCCCAAUGUCAAAGCAUCCAAAUCAAUAUUUUGGGCGAGGAAGGAGUUCCGAUUCAAGUCGAUGGCGAGGCCUGGAUUCAGCCUCCCGGAAUCAUCCGGAUUUUGCACAAGAACCGGAUGCAGAUGCUGUGCCGGAACCGGGCCUUGGAGAACUCCCUCAAGUCCUGGGAGGAGAAACAGAGACAGAGUAUAGCUGCACAGACCAAACAACGACAUUCCAUCUCCCAUGACAAAGCCCGUCAUAGUUUCACACGCCAAAGUAUGCCAAGCCAUGAGAAGUCCUCCUUUUUGGGGGUCAACUUCGAGAAAAUUCGACAACAUUCGUUCAGUGGUGCCGUUCCGGUGCACCAUCAUGAGAAAACUGUCACUUUUGUCGAAAAACCGAUCAGUCAAAUUGAACCGGAUGUUGUCUUCAGCGAUGAGGAACAUCAUUUACUUCUUGGUUUCAUCGAAUGUGUCACUACUUUGACCAAAUGGAUUAAGAUACUAGCUAUUAGUCAUUCGCUUGAAGCCGAUUUGUAUUCGCUAGCAGCGAAAUGUGAUACAUGUCUUGAGAAAAUUCACCCAAAUGGGAAAAUACUACAAGGACCGAUGUUACGAACCGAAUUUACUAAACUAGUAACUGCUGUUAAGCAACUAUACGAAGAAAGUUGCUGUCUCUUGCAUGAUCGAGGCGAGAAAUUGAAGUUAAGGGAAGAUUUGGAGAACAAACUAAGUGCUAGUUUAGCCAACACGGAGAUGGAAUUAAGGAAGUGUGUGAUGUUUGAGAAACCGGAAGGAAGUCUGGUUUAUCUACAGCCGGUACAAGGCGACCAGGGUGAACAUAAACGUAAGGGCCUGUUCUGGCUGAAAUUCCGCACAAAGGGCGCAAGUUCGAGCCAGCAGCAAGCCGGUAAGAAAACCAGCCGUGAGGUGGCAUCGUGGGGCACACAAGAGGUGGCAACUUGGUUGGAAACUCUCCAAUUGUCCGAGUACAUCGACAGUUUCGUUAAAAACGACAUCCGAGGCCGCGAACUUCUCACAUUGGCUCGGAGGGAUUUGAAAGACUUAGGGGUUACUAAAGUAGGACAUGUGAAAAGAAUACUGCAAGCCAUCAAGGAUUUGACCCAAGGUUUAUAAGUUUUUAAUAAAAAUGCGCUGACCAACGUAUUUUAUCAUCAUUCGUAGAAAGUGUUAAUUUUAAUUCGGUAUAAAAUAAAAUAAAUGUUGAUCGAUAUUAGUUACUGAUAUGAGAAAUUGCUGUGAUUUCCAGAAUAUAUAUGUACAUAAAAUGAUUCUAGUUAAGUGUAAUGUAAUGUUCAUCAGAUCGAAAUUCAUCUAUUCUUCAAUAUAAAACCAAAAAUAAUGAUAAAAAUCGUACGCUUAUAAAACUCGUUAAAUUUGAACUCUCUUUGAAAAAGCAAAAAACUAAUAUUCUAAACUAAAAGCAAUUAUCUUUCCCUAGCAAUAUAUCUCAACUGUUCUAUCGCUAAGUGCAUUGUUUUACUUCAUCUUGGAAUCGAACCUGUUUUCCCUUGCAAUAUCUCGAAUAAGCCAUUUUGAUUGGUAUGCCGCAACAACCAAUCAGGAUGCCGGCUUCGAGACUCUUCAUACUUCAUUUAGGUGACCUUACAUGUUAAUAAAAAAUUAUUUUAAGCUUUUUUGGAUGUUGAAGAGUAUUUAUAGAACUAGUUUAGUACUUUAGGAGUAUAAGAACUAUGCUAAAAUUCUGUGUUAGUUUAUUUAUCAUUUCAAAGAACGAGUUAUAUAGAAGUAACUAAGAUAAUCAUUACUUAUUGCCUUUUGCAUGUUAGCCUAAUGUGAUUAUUGUGUCAAACCUUAGCUUCCUAAGAACUGUUAUUGUUGGUAGAGCUGUUUUUUGUUCGCACAAUUACCAUAUCAGAGAAUAAUUUUUUAGACUAGUUGUGACAAAACCAUUUGGUGAUCCUAAGAAGGUAAAUUGACUGCCAUAACAGCGCACUUUAACCAAACUUCCUGUGUUAUACAGGGUGUUCCGUCUAAACAAAACAUUAAAAGUAUUGGAACUUCGAAUAAUCAGAUUUAUUUGAAAA